GAAAAUGUGGUUCAUCAACUGAAUCCGAGUCAAAUUAGAUAAAGUGGAUCCCUGAAUCCGAGUCGAAUUAUUGGGUGCUAUUUUCUGAUUAUGUAAUCAUCUGAUCACACAGAUUGAAGCCGGCAAUCGGCACAAACAAACGAGAGAUCCAUAUGGAGAACCACCCAUUCCCAAAACGACGCCGUCUGAUGGCGCCGCCGCCGCGGUCAGCUUCCGCCGCCGCCGCCGCCGGCGGUGGCUUUAUCCCUGAUGAUAUACUUUUCUCCGAAAUCCUCGUCCGACUUCCCGCGAAGUGCCUUGUGCGAUUCCAAUCCGUGUGCAAGCUGUGGCGCGCCACCAUAAUCAGCACCAGCUUCGCGCGCCGCCACCUGGAGCAUUCCAGGCCCAGGCCAUCCAUGGUCGUCAUGCCACGGAUGUUUCUGAGUAACCCCAAGAAGUUUAAACUUCAGGGUGUCACUUUCUACAGGUUCCAGCCAGGGCAGAGCAAGGUUGCCGAGCUCAUCCUAGAGAAGAGAUUUCCCCGUGGGAUCCCAAUGUUCAGCAUGCCUCUGCACUGCGACGGCCUCAUCCUGAUCCCUUGCGUCUCGGGAGAGAUCUUCGUGUGCAACCUGACGACCAGCGAGUUCGUUGAGCUGCCGAGAGGAAGCCACAGUGUUGCACUGGAGCACAGGGUCGCCUUCGGGUUCGACCCUUGGAGUGGCAAGUACAAGGUGGCUAGGCACUUCCUCCGCUCAUCACACAGCGGAGGAGAAUCCCGGGCUGGACAUGAGAUCUUGACUCUUGGUGAUGGAGAAGAUUGUUGGAAAUGGAAGGCGACCAUAGAUCCGCCAUAUCCUAUCAAUGCUAGGACUCCGAUCUGUCUCCCAGGGUUCUUCUACUGGAGCGCUCUCCACUCCACGACCGGCCAUGGCCUUAGCAAGGGGCUUUCUGAGCAACAACGACAUGCUAUGCCAGCUUGGUGGCAAGUUGUGCUAUGUCCACUCCGCCUCGCCAUGUGA